AUGAUUAAUUCUUUGAUCACAACCUAAGCUUUUUAAAAAAUGCAACAAGACUCCCCUUUGAAUAGAGAAUGCUUUGAAUGUGGAGCACCGAAUCCAACUUGGGUGAGUUUACCAAACUCUGUAUUUCUUUGUUUGCCUUGUUCUGGCAUACAUCGUAGUCUUGGUGUACAUGUGUCCUUUGUUCGAUCUACAAAUUUAGACAGCUGGUCAGACAAACAAUUAAAAAUGAUAAUGAUGGGGGGAAACGAUAAACUCAAAGAAUACUUCACUUCCAUUGGCGUCUAUACUGACCCAUCCAAACAACAGGACAUCUCAUGGAAAUACAGAACCAAAGGAGCAUCCUAUUAUAGAGAAUGUGUAAUUCAAUAAUUCUUAACCUUUAGAUCAAAGCAAAGACUGAAGAAAGGGAAGUCCCACCACCUAUUUCAGUCGAAGAAGCUCUAGAAGAAGAUCCUCAAUUGGCAAAAUCUAAUUUUAAUCCUUUGCCUAAGAAGGGAGAACAAUAACAAUAAUAUUAACCUAUGCAAAUGAAACAAGAAGAUGACGAUACUCUUGAUAAGAUGAAGACCUUCUUUUCUGUUGGGUUCUAAAAAACAUCGGAGGCAGCUAAAGAAGCCAAGAAGAAAUUGGAGGAUAAAUAUAAUGAUGAGGAAUUUCAAUAGAAAUUAACCUAGUUCAAAACCGAUUUCUCUUAGAAAACCAAUGAAGUGGCUGUAAACUUGCAAUCAUAUUUUAGGAAAAAACUAAAGUUGUUGCCGAAAAGAGUUACGAAACUGUUAAAGAGGGAACUCUGUCAGCCUGGAACUUUUUGAAGACUAAGUUCAACGAUUUACAGAAGAAGGAUCCACAACCCGAGCAAUUUGAGAUUUUAGAACAACCCAAGAAUCAAUGAAAUUCUAUAAACUUGUUUAAAAAUAAUUAAUAUAUUAUAAUGGC